CUUUUCUGUUUCACAUCAUUCAAAGAAGAAGGAAAAACCAGUAUUCAAUGCUUUAACUUCUGUUUACUGAAAGAAAAGACCUCUCCCACUAUCAGUGAUUGUAUCUGGUGUCAGUGUAGAUCAUGUUGGGAAAUCUAACUUCAUUAAACAUGGUUUUGAACAAACUUUUUCAUUAUAUUACCAUAUUUCAUUUACUCUUUAAGUAAUAAUACCUCAGUUUUCUUCAUUUAUUGCUUAGUCAGUAGAAUCAUGUCAGCAUUAAAUUCAGUUUGUUAAUCCAGCUAACAGAUUUUCAUUUUGUACCUGCAAAGUUUCCUCAAAAUGGAGUGUAUGUUUUAUAAUUCUUUUUUGUAAUUCUUAUUGUUUAUGUUUAUAACUGGAAUAAUUGUAUGAGUGAAUAACUGACCUUGUUUCUCAGAUUAAAACUGACAACAUUAUGACAUAAACUGGAAGUGUGGUCAAGGCAGUAUAAGGGAUCUAUAUAAAUCUAUCCUUUCAUUAGAAUGGGCGGGGUAAACUAGGGAGAGCAAUCUAUCUUUACAUACUUACAGAUGGGGUUUAUAUUCAUCCUUUCUUCAGGAUGUCAGGGUGUUAAAGGGAUAAUAAUGUAUCCUUUUACCAAUACAGGUGGGGUUGCAUUCCCAGAACACCUGUCUGACCACCAAACUUUCUGUGUUUUUCUUCCUUCAUUAAUAGUCCUGACACACUUCUACCAAUGCCAAAAAAUAUUGGUAGAUAUACCUGAACACAGGCUGUUUCAUAAUUGUUAGAAGCAUCCUAGACAAGAUGUGUCUUGUUUCCUGUUUCAUAUAAAAGGCAAUAUAUCCUAACGUUAGGGUUUUCAUUGAAAGCUGCCACCUAUAAUUUACUUUUGUGUGCAUUAACUUAGGGUAUAUGUAACAUUGUUUUUAUUUAUGUUCAUAUUGUGUGCAUCGGAAUUGGUUUUUUUCAAGUCUUGUGUUAGGUUUUAAUGUAGUUUCAGAUAACUUAGGGACAUACACAAGGUGGAGGUUUGGUAUGAAAUGUACAUACAUUAUACAUUAAGAACACAGCUCCCUUAAUCUUACUCUAGUAAAACAGUUUAUUAAAAUUGAUGGUAUAUAUAUAUAUAUAUAUAACAUGCCUUUAUGAAUCUUUAAAAACUGUGUUGACUUGUACAAAUUGACGAUAAAUCAAGACAGUUGUUGAUAUAUUUGUGAUACAGAAGAAACACCAUGAAGAACACCACCUACCUAUACUACGCAUUGAUUAUAUAUCCACAGUAUGUAGACAUUAUAGAUUUUUUUUGUUUUGUUUUUCCUUAUAUGGUAUCUUGAUAAAGUGAUUUGUAUUAUGCACAUCCAUAAUGGAAGCAGAUGGUUAACAUGUUGUGGAAGCAGUUUACCAUUUUUAUACAGUUUACUUUCUACAUGGAAAAUGCUAAUCCUCUUCUAUGUUUUAUUUCCGAGGUAAAAAUGAAGCUGUGAUAAUUGUAAUUUAGUGUUUUUAAUCAUUUUAUAGUUGUAGAUCCCAUGUUUUGUGCCUUUGUAGUGAUAUAUGUAAAGUGCUUUAGAUUUUUUUUAUUUUUUAAUUAUGUUAAUGUAAACAGAGAGGGGCUUGAACUGUUAAAUCGAACUACAGGGUAUUAGAUGUAGACGGAUGAUAGUAUUGAACAGGGUAUUAUCUGUAGACAUAUGAUAGUACAGGUACUACAGGGUAUUAUCUGUAGACAUAUGAUAGUACUUAAAAGGGUGUUAUUGUAGACAUAUGAUAGUACAGGUACUACAGGGUAUUAUCUGUAGACAUAUGAUAGUACUUAACAGGGUGUUAUUGUAGACAUAUGAUAGUACAGGUACUAGUGUGUUGUCUAUAGACAGAUGAUAGUACAUGUACUACAGGGUAUUAUCUGUAGACAGCUUAUAGUACUUGACAGUGUAUUAUCUGUAGACAUAUGAUAGUACAUGUACUACAGUGUAUUACCUAUAGACAGCUUAUAGUACUUGACAGUGUAUUAUCUGUAGACAUAUGAUAGUACAUGUACUACAGUGUAUUAUCUGUAGACAGCUUAUAGUACUUAACAGGGUAUUAUCUGUAGAUAGAUGAUAGUACAGGUACUACAGUGUAUUAUCUGUAGACAGCUUAUAGUACUUAACAGGGUAUUAUCUGUAGAUAGAUGAUAGUACUUAACAGUGUAUUAUCUAUAGACAGAUGAUAGAACAUGUACUACAGUGUAUUAUCUAUAGACAGUUUAUAGUACUUAACAGUGUAUUAUCUGUAAAUGGAUGAUAGUACUUAACAGGGUAUUAUCUGUAGAUAGGCGAUAGUACUUAAGAGGGUAUUAUCUGUAAACAGAUGAUAGUACAUGUACUACAGGGUAUUAUCUGUAGACGGAUGAUAGUACUUAACAGGGUAUUAUCUGUAGAUAGGCGAUAGUACUUAAGAGGGUAUUAUCUGUAGACAGAUGAUAGUACAUGUACUACAGGGUAUUAUCUGUAGACAGAUGAUAAUACUGAACAGGGUAUUAUCUGUAGAUAGAUGAUACAUUAUUUUACUAAGAUGCAUUGUCUGUGGAAAGAUGGCAGUACUGCUGUAUAUUAUUUGUGGACAAGUAAUAGUUAAACUCAAAUAUCGAGGCUACUGUAAUGUUAAUAAUGAUUAUUUUGUAGACAAAGUUUUGUUUUCUUUUGUGUUUCAUUAUAUAAUGUGAAGAUCCGACAGUUUGGAUGGUAUUUUAGUGUGAACUAGUCGUUUAUGCCAUAUAUGGACAUGGAAAGGGGUAGAUUUUCUUUUGUAACUAUGGACCUAUUAGGAGGUGGAUAUGUUACAGUAACUAUGGACCUGUUAGGAGGUGGAUAUGUUACAGUAACUAUGGACCUGUUAGGAGGUUGAUAUGUUACAGUAACUAUGGACCUGUUAGGAGUUGGAUAUGUUACAGUAACUAUGGACCUGUUAGGAGUGGAUAUGUUACAGUAACUAUGGACCUAUUAGGAGUGGAUAUGUUACAGUAACUAUGGACCUGUUAGGAGGUGGAUAUGUUACAGUAACUAUGGACCUGUUAGGAGGUGGAUAUGUUAUGGUAACUAUGGACCUGUUAGGAGUGGAUAUGUUACAGUAACUAUGGACCUGUUAGGAGGUGGAUAUGUUACGGUAACUAUGGACCUGUUAGGAGUGGAUAUGUUACAGUAACUAUGGACCUGUUAGGAGGUGGAUAUGUUACAGUAACUAUGGACCUGUUAGGAGGUGGAUAUGUUACAGUAACUAUGGACCUGUUAGGAGGUGGAUAUGUUACAGUAACUAUGGACCUGUUAGGAGGUGGAUAUGUUACAGUAACUAUGGACCUAUUAGGAGGUGGAUAUGUUACAGUAACUAUGGACCUGUUAGGAGGUGGAUAUGUUAUGGUAACUAUGGACCUGUUAGGAGGUGGAUAUGUUACAGUAACUAUGGACCUAUUAGGAGGUGGAUAUGUUACAGUAACUAUGGACCUGUUAGGAGGUGGAUAUGUUACAGUAACUAUGGACCUGUUAGGAGGUGGAUAUGUUACAGUAACUAUGGACCUGUUAGGAGUUGGAUAUGUUACAGUAACUAUGGACCUGUUAGGAGGUGGAUACGUUACAGUAACUAUGGACCUGUUAGGAGGUGGAUAUGUUACAGUAACUAUGGACCUGUUAAGGGAUGGAUAUGUUACAGUAACUAUGGACCUGUUAGGAGGUGGAUAUGUUACGGUAACUAUGGACCUGUUAGGAGUGGAUAUGUUACAGUAACUAUGGACCUGUUAGGAGGUGGAUAUGUUACAGUAACUAUGGACCUGUUAGGAGGUGGAUAUGUUACAGUAACUAUGGACCUAUUAGGAGGUGGAUAUGUUACAGUAACUAUGGACCUGUUAGGAAGUGGAUAUGUUACAGUAACUAUGGACCUGUUAGGAGGUGGAUAUGUUAUGGUAACUAUGGACCUGUUAGGAGGUGGAUAUGUUACGGUAACUAUGGACCUGUUAGGAGGUGGAUAUGUUACGGUAACUAUGGACCUGUUAGGAGGUGGAUAUGUUACGGUAACUAUGGACCUGUUAGGAGGUGGAUAUGUUACAGUAACUAUGGACCUGUUAGGAGGUGGAUAUGUUACAGUAACUAUGGACCUGUUAGGAGGUGGAUACGUUACAGUAACUAUGGACCUGUUAGGAGGUGGAUACGUUACAGUAACUAUGGACCUGUUAAGGGAUGGAUAUGUUACAGUAACUAUGGACCUGUUAAGGGAUGGAUAUGUUACAGUAACUAUGGACCUGUUAAGGGAUGGAUAUGUUACAGUAACUAUGGACCUGUUAAGGGAUGGAUAUGUUACAGUAACUUUGGACCUGUUAGGAGGUGGAUAUGUUACAGUAACUAUUGCUUAUUGAAGUUGGUACACACAUCUUGGUUUCUGUCAAUAUUUCUGUUUGCAAUAAACCACACUAUUACAGGAAGCGAUUUGAUUUUAAAAAAUGACCAGUAUUUCUUCAGACACGACAUCAAUAUCUGAUGAUAUUUCUGUAGUUGUAGGCUUUUGUUAUAUAUUCUACCUGUUAUGUCCUUAAUGUGAAUUUCAUUUAUAUAUUGAUUAAUCUUACAUUUUAUUAUUCAAACAUUAGCUGUUUAAUUUACAGCACUGGACCGUGUUUGUAUCUGUUCAUCUUAUUGCUUUGUCAUAAUAAUUUUGUCCUUAACUCUUGUGAUCUAAUCUAUUAAUCAAAAUAUUUUUACAAACAUGAU